AUGAAGAACAAGCACGGCAAGAUCGUGAGCGCGGGCAAGACCAGCCUGAAGCGUGUGCAGGGCAGGCUCACUGCGGUGCAGACCACCAGAAAGAAACUGGGCAUCAAGGGUACUCACAUUGAACACAUUCAGUUUCUGGUGAUGAGCUUCUGUUGCUUGGACACCGGGCCCAUUCCGAAGGGGCCUUUGCCGUCAGACCUUGGAGGUGCAAUGAAGGCCAGCGUGAUGAAGGCCAAGGCGAUGAAGAAGCCUAUGAAAGCAAAGGCGAUGAAGAAGAAGGCUGUGUCAAAGAUUGCCAAGGGCAAGAGGGCGAAGUUCGUGGUCUUCCAGGGCAGCAAGGAGAAGACCGUCGGCGGCCUGCAGAAGAGCCAGCUGAUGAAGAACAAGCGCGGCAAGAAGGCGCACGCGGCGGGCAAGACCAGCCUGAAGCGUGUGCAGGGCUGGCUCACUGCGGUGCAGACCGCCAGAAAGGAACUGGGCAUCAAGGGUUUCUGCCCGGUCGGCGGCAAGAGCGCCCAGGGGAAGGCGCUUUAUGCCAAGGCCAAGGCACUCUACGCAGCCUGA